UCUCUUCAAGGUUUGGCCUUAUAAAGAUCUCUUCAAGGUUCGGCCAUAUAAAGAUUUCUUCAAGGUUCGGCCCUAUAAAGAUCUCUUCAAGGUUCGGCCCUAUAAAGAUCUCUUCAAGGUUCGGCCAUAAAUUAGACUCUAUAAAGAUCUCUUCAAGGUUCUGCCAUAAAUUAGACUCUAUAAAGAUUUCUUCAAGGUUCGGCCAUAAAUUAGACUCUAUAAAUAUCUCUUCAAGGUUCGGCCAUAUAAAGAUUUCUUCAAGGUUCGGCCCUAUAAAGAUCUCUUCAAGGUUUGGUCAUAUAAAGAUCUCUUCAAGGUUCGGCCCUAUAAAGAUCUCUUCAUGGUUCGGCCAUAAAUUAGACUCUAUAAAGAUCUCUUCAAGGUUCGGCCAUAUAAAGAUCUCUUCAAGGUUCGGCCCUAUAAAGAUCUCUUCAAGGUUCGGCCUUAUAAAGAUCUCUUCAAGGUUCGGCCAUAUAAAGAUCUCUUCAAGGUUCGGCCCUAUAAAGAUCUCUUCAAGGUUCGGCCAUAUAAAGAUCUCUUCAAGGUUCGGCCAUAUAAAGAUCUCUUCAAGGUUCGGCCCUAUAAAGAUCUCUUCAAGGUUCGGCCAUAUAAAAGGACAAACAGACUGGAGCACCGGGCUACUUCCUGGUUCCAAUCAUUCCAACGUUAGUGUGUGAAUACUGAAGAUUGCUGGUGUGGGUUGAAGAAAUGGCUUUGACUUUGACAUUGUAGCAGUGUUCACCUCUGAAGGGGCUGGAGGAAACGCUGUUCUCUAUACUGGGCCAUUGUGUUAUGAACAGUGUCCAAGUCAAGUGUGACAAACAUACAUAACCGGUAUGUAUAUACUGUACAUCAUAGAACAGAAGGGCUGAAGGAAGACUCUUCACUAAACAGUGUGUUUGGUGUUGAGUGUUAAUUAUGGACAAAUCAUUAGAUCCUUGGAUCUUACAUACAUCAUACAGCUGGAAGGAAAUUCCCUCCUGUGGCCUACUGGGUAAUAACAGUGGAGACAGCUGGAAAGACAACCCCUCCUGUGGCCUACUGGGUAAUAACAGUGGAGACAGCUGGAAUCACAACCCCUCCUGUGGCCUACUGGGUAAUAACAGUGGAGACAGCUGGAAGGACAACCCCUCCUGUGGCCUACUGGGUAAUAACAGUGGAGACAGCUGGAAGGACAACCCCUCCUGUGGCCUACUGGGUAAUAACAGUGGAGACAGCUGGAAGGACAACCCCUCCUGUGGCCUACUGGGUAAUAACAGUGGAGACAGCUGGAAGGACAACCCCUCCUGUGGCCUACUGGGUAAUAACAGUGGAGACAGCUGGAAGGACAACCCCUCCUGUGGCCUACUGGGUAAUAACAGUGGAGACAGCUGGAAGGACAACCCCUCCUGUGGCCUACUGGCUAAUAACAGUGGAGACAGCUGGAAGGACAACCCCUCCUGUGGCCUACUGGGUAAUAACAGUGGAGACAGCUGGAAGGACAACCCCUCCUGUGGCCUACUGGGUAAUAACAGUGGAGACAGCUGGAAGGACAACCCCUCCUGUGGCCUACUGGGUAAUAACAGUGGAGACAGCUGGAAGGACAACCCCUCCUGUGGCCUACUGGGUAAUAACAGUGGAGACAGCUGGAAGGACAACCCCUCCUGUGGCCUACUGGGUAAUAACAGUGGAGACAGCUGGAAGGACAACCCCUCCUGUGGCCUACUGGGUAAUAACAGUGGAGACAGCUGGAAGGACAACCCCUCCUGUGGCCUACUGGGUAAUAACAGUGGAGACAGCUGGAAGGACAACCCCUCCUGUGGCCUACUGGGUAAUAACAGUGGAGACAGCUGGAAGGACAACCCCUCCUGUGGCCUACUGGGUAAUAACAGUGGAGACAGCUGGAAGGACAACCCCUCCUGUGGCCUACUGGGUAAUAACAGUGGAGACAGCUGGAAGGACAACCCCUCCUGUGGCCUACUGGGUAAUAACAGUGGAGACAGCUGGAAGGACAACCCCUCCUGUGGCCUACUGGGUAAUAACAGUGGAGACAGCUGGAAGGACAACCCCUCCUGUGGCCUACUGGGUAAUAACAGUGGAGACAGCUACAGUACCUGUACAAACCAAUUAAAAGUGAAGGAAGAAGCAUGUGAAUAUAACAUAUUCUUCUGGUAUUUAGAUUCUACUGUCUAUAAAAAAAAAGCUACAUAAUUGUUCAGCUAUCUUUGACCACCAACGAUCACGCUCAUCUUCCGUCCCUAACCAACAUCUUCCUGGUUCGACCCGGUCCGUCUCCAAAAUGGCCGCCGAGUUUCCUGUAUCGUGUGGUAGCAGGUCAGCUUCUGACAGGACACUCAGUGAGCUUUUUUGCUGUCUUGACUGUAGUUCCUGUCCCUCUGAGAGUCUUUGGCACCUCUCAUUCUUAUUGAAUGACUGAGACACAAGCUCCUCAUUCAAGACAAUCCGUUGGGCAAAUCUGAAAUUAGCACCCUAUUCCCUAUGUAGUGCACUCUUUCUGCAGUUGUCCGCUAUAUAGAGAAUAGGGUUCCAUUUGGAACACAGGCCCCUUGUGUAUUUCCUCUGUUCUCUAGCGGCCCGGCUAGCUGGUCCCCUGUGUGUUGCCAUGAC